AUGAUCGAAUCAACAGAGUUACUGGACUACGAAGAACCUGAUGAGAUCUCAGAAGAAGACCAUAAAUCCGAGUCUGAUUACGGAAAGUCUCACAAGAGAAAAGGCAAGCGCAUACAUGACCGGCCAAAGACGAAACCCACCGAGCAAGCCAGAAUCGUCGCCGCCUUGGAGGUCAGGCGAAAGAGAAUGCGCCUGAAUCACGGCACACCCAGUAGUAAUGACAAGAACCCAAAGCGUCACCUCUUCGGCCCACUAGCUGAGUCGCGAGACCUCAGUGAGACGGUUUCGCCGACUCCUUCGAAACCGGCCAGGCGCAACAACGAUAUAAGGAAGGUCGGCACAGCAACAUCUUCGCACUCCCUAGUUCCCGGAAGGGUAAAUCGCGGACAGCUCGUUAUGACCGAGAGCACCCCAAGCAGACACUCCAUCUACACACCACAUUUCUUGCAUGAUAGUGUAAGUCUUGCCACCCAACCCAGUCUAAUCGUCAAACUCAAGGCCCGGAGGCCAUCUGUGCCAACACCAGCUCCCAAACGCCGUCCCGGCGGACCUCUGAAGAAAGACAAAGGUGGUCACAAGAGUGCGGUAGUCGUGGAGUCAGAGGAAGAGACCACAGAAAAAAUUUCUACCGAAACUCCUGAAGUGAAUAUGCGCGGGAAGCGCAAGGCGACGGGAAAGCAAACAACAAUCAAGGAUGACGAUGUUGGAGAAGAAAGAGCGACUAGCACUUUCAGGAUCAGGCAACAUGCUACGCUGCGCCAACGGCGUAGGGCUGUACCAGCACUCAAAGCGCACCUCGACGCCCCGACACGUAAACCUCUCUCACAACCCCUGCCGUCGUCGCCAAAUACCAACACGCCAAUCUCGAAGCCUUCAACACCACUUGGGCCGGCAUCCACUUCAACGUUUGCACCUUAUCCGCUCAUGUCAACCCGCUCCGUGUCUCCCUUCACACGUGGGGCACGUAUCGCACUCGAAAAUAUCCUGGCAGAUCACCAAUCUGAUCCGCUAGUUAGUUUGAUCGAUUUGAUUGAGGAACUAGAUGAUACGAGGCCCAUAGUGAACGACUGGGAGCACGCUACUGUGAUGAAGGGCGGUAGCUGGGUCUAUCAGGUCAUGAGAGAUGUUUGGGAGGAGAAUGCGGGAGAGAUAGAUGAGGAGGAUGGCGAGAUAAGCGAUGAGGAUAUCAAUAUUGAGGCUGUCGUGGAGAAGGUUGGGGGAUGGGUCGAUAGGGAAAUGGGGAGGUUAGGUAGUGGACAGGAAUGA